GCUGAACAUUCGGCAUUCGCGGUCCGACGCUUGCGAGGCAUGCACGGUGCCUACGCACUCGCCGCAACGCGCACAAAACUUAGAACCAUUCCAGUCCAGAAGUAGCUUGCCACCAUGAGGGUCUGUUCCACAGCCCUCCUCUUAGCCCUUACACUUCUUAUACAGACUGCAACAGCAGGAGACAUAUAUUGGGAGGAUGAAGAUGAUUCCUUAAACGAGUUCCUAGAGGUUAAAGAACCGGAGUCGGGACUCAUCAGUCAUUUGCGACGCUUGAAGAGACAGCUGUUUCCUUCAUACGGCGAUACAACUGAGGAUCCAACGGAGUACGAAUCAGCUACAUCCGAUCAGUUCGAUGAAAACGAGAACGAUGUCGAUGAUGAGGAAACUCCAAUCGAAGGUUCCGGAACUUUCAGGAGAGAUCCUGAUAGCAGGGAAAAGACACUCCGAGUUACUUUCGUGGUGAUGGAGCCCUUCCAGAUCGAAUAUUACAACAGAAACUCGGAGCAGUUCCAGAAUAUCUCAAUAGGACUCGCAGACGCUGUCAACAGCCUGUUCGAUAAAGUUCCCGGAACUCAAAGAGCUAGUCUCGUCAGAAUACAGUCGAGGUUAUCAGACGAGUUUUCGUGCAAAGUGACCAUGGAUAUCACAACAUCUGGGUUCGAUGAUACCAAGGAAUUGGCGAGGAUCCUUCAAGAUCACAUCAGGCGAAGAAGACAACUUGGUGUCUUCACAAUAAACGAAAACGAAUUCGUAUCCACCGAUUUUUCAGACCCAGGAACCACCAAUCUGGAGUGUGCUGCUGACGAGAAUAAGUGUGACGAUAAUCAUUGUAUUGCUGGCUGGGCUUGGUGUGACGGUGCCCGGGACUGUCCCGACGGCAGUGACGAAGCUUCAUGCCAAAAUCAAGAUUCUAAAGACGAAGAACAGACCAAUGAAGUCGACCAACAGACUUCGACGACGACAGAAAGUCAAAGGAUACCAGAUAAUGGACUUAAUACGUUGAGCGUUGCAACGAACGGAGGAAAAAAUUUAAUUCCAGAGACAACUACACCUCGCUUAGAACGCGGGGAUGGCGAUGAGGGUGACGAUACCACCUCAAGUGAAACAGAAAAUGAACUUGUACCGGAAACAACUACAUACGAAAAUAAUUUGUGUGCGGCGUAUGAGCUCCGAUGUGACAACACGCGAUGCGUCCACCUGAGGCAACGCUGCGACCGCCAUCAGGACUGCGACGAUGGUACGGACGAAGCGGACUGCCCAGCAGAAACAUGUGGUGCUGAUGACUUCCGUUGUCAUGAUGGGCGAUGUAUCGAAAGUGCAAGGGUUUGUGAUCGCGUUGCUGAUUGCAGAGACCAAGAUGACGAACAGAAUUGCGAAUGUCGGCCGGAGGAGUUCCGCUGCCAAUCGGACGGUUUCUGUAUCGAGAGCAGAAAGCGAUGCGACGGCGUCGCGCAUUGCAGCGACAACUCGGAUGAAAAUAAUUGCGCGAUUGAAUACUUUAGAUGCAGAAAUGGGAAGAUUUUAGCACAGAGUAUGAGAUGCAAUCGCAAGUACGAUUGCGACCCGGGCGACUAUUCUGAUGAACAAAAUUGUCCAUGUGGUGUCGACGACUUCAAAUGUGACAAUGGAUACUGCAUCCCUGCAUCCAAACACUGUGACAGAACGCAUGACUGUCAGGAUCGUUCUGAUGAACGCGGUUGCAUUUAUGGCACAAUAUGCAUGGCUUAUGAAUAUAAAUGCUCGAGCGGACAGUGCGUGAAAGCUGAAUCCUGGUGCAACGGAACAAAGGAGUGCAACGAUGGUUCAGACGAAAGAAACUGCCCUUGCAAAAGGGACGAGAUUGAAUGUCGCGAUGGUACUUGUAUUAAUAUCGCAUUGCGAUGUAAUGGUCGGAAAGAUUGUCCAAAUGGGGAAGACGAAUAUAACUGCGGUGAACCAAGUUGUCCGGCUGACAGCUUCGCAUGUACUGUAGACUCGAGACCGGGGUGCGCACGCCGCUGCGACGGUAGACAGGAGUGCGACAACGGCGAAGACGAACUUGAAUGCACGGAAUGCAGCCACGGGUGCGACGGUCGGUGCUUAGAGGAUCAUCUCAUUUGCAACGGUGUACCGGAUUGUAGCGAUGCGUCUGACGAACUUUCGUGUCCAACGUGCGAUAGCCUCGAAGACUUCAGAUGUGCGAACGGCGAAUGUAUAAAUAUCAUCCACCGUUGCAACGGCCUCAACGACUGUCCUGACUCCAGCGACGAGAAGAAUUGCAAUAACACCUUGCCAUCAACAGAUGAGUGCAACGACAACCAGUUCCGCUGCCAGGACGGUACUUGUAUCGACAUCCAAUUCUCGUGCGACGGACACUAUGACUGCUUUGACAAUUCCGACGAAGACAACUGCCCUUGCAAAGAAAACGAAUGGCAAUGCAUAACUGGCCAGUGUGUUCCGAUACAAGCGCGCUGCGACGGUUUGUUGGACUGCACGGACACAUCCGACGAGCAAGACUGCGUUUCUACAACGUUGCCUCCCAUCCCCUUCACACGUCCCCCCAUCGUCUUAGUCCCAACACCCACAGUCGCACCAACCACACAAGACACCAUCCGCGAUAUAUCCACUCGUCUACCUAAUUUGUAUACAACCACCGGACCACGCGGCCUCCCUAAUACAGAUGGGUGCGCCUCGAAUGAAUGGCGCUGCGAAAAUGGCCCUUGCAUUGAAUCGCGACGACGUUGCGACGGUCGCAUCGACUGUCCCCGCGACAGCAGCGACGAGCUAGACUGUCCCUCCGACAGACGAGAUUACACCGCUUUGAAUUUGAAGACAUACCCCUCGUCUCAAACAGUACGAAACGUCUUCACUGGUGGGGACGUGGUCUUCCAAUGCCGAGAUGAAGGUCCCUUGCGUGCUGCUGUUCGUUGGAUCAAGGAUGGCGGUAGGCCUCUCAAACCCGGUUCUGUUGACCGCAAAGGUCGUUUGGAAAUGACCAAAGUAUCGGUACAGGACAGUGGAAACUAUAUUUGUCAAGCAACCAGAUAUUUGGGAUAUCCUGGCUCGGAAACGCGAGUCUCCUUGAUAGUUGAAAACACACCUCAAGUACCAAGAUUACCUUACAAGCCGUGCAAUUUCUCUGAGGCUACUUGCGGCAACGGUCAAUGCAUUCCGAAAUCUGUGUUGUGUGACGGAAAACCCGACUGCGAUGAUAAAUCGGACGAAGAUUCCUGCAAUCUGAACGGCCAGUGUGAACCGAACCAGUACGAAUGCGACAACAGGAAGUGUGUGUUGAAGACAUGGUUAUGUGACUCCGAGGACGAUUGCGGCGAUGGGUCGGACGAACGCGAUUGUCACCCUCAGCCCGGUCAAGCGUGCUCCGCUGUUGAGUUCUCUUGCGGAAACCUGCAGUGUAUACCGAAGUCUUACCAUUGCGAUGGUCACGUCGACUGCCUAGACGGCACCGACGAAAUUGGCUGUGCUCCGGUGCACGUGAAGAGACCCCCUGCGCCUGCGAACGUGAGACUGAACCCUGGAGAGAGCUUGGUGUUGGUGUGCGAGGCGGUGGGCGUGCCCAUGCCGCUCAUCUCCUGGCGACUCAACUGGGGCCACGUGCCUCCCAAGUGUACCUCCACUAGCAUCGAUGGCGUCGGAACACUCACCUGUAAUAACAUGCAGCCCGAAGACAGCGGAGCUUACUCUUGUGAAGCUAUUAACAGAAGUGGCACAACCUUCGCUGUGCCUGAUUCCAUUGUAUACGUUAACAAAACCGACGUAUGUCCAACUGGUUACUUCAAUAGGCAUCAGUUUUCACGUCCAAAUAUGAAGUGGGGGCCUUCAAAAGGAGAGUAA